AUGACAGAUUAAAUAGAAUAAGAUUAUAAAUCAAAAUAUGAUUAAAAGAGCGUUUUAAUAAUUGGAGCUGGACCAUGUGGAUUAUCCAACUUGAAAUAUUUGAAUGGUAAAGUUAACGUAAUUUGUAUUGAAUGUAAAGAAGAUUUAGGUGGGUAGUGGUGCUAAGAAAAAUAUACUGAAGAAACUCAUCCAAAUUUGUAAAAUAAUGCUUAUUACAAUUAACAUGGAGUUUUAUAAAGUUCUAUGUAUGAAAAUUUGAUAUGUGAUGUGCCUAAAUCGCUAAUGAUUUUUAAAGAUACCCCAGCAAAUUAAGAGUUUGGCGAAUUUAUGACUUGUUAACAGUUUUACUAAUACCUUCAAGAUUAUAGCUUAAAAAACUGCAUUAAAAAUAAAAUUCUUUUUAAAACUUAUGUUUAAUCUGUGCGUUUAGCAGCUAAUCUGAGCGAUGAAGAAAAAAAUCAAGUUGGCUUUUAGAUCAGUAAAAAAUUUUUAGUUUAAAUAGUCUCAAACGAAGAUUAUAAUAAAAGUAUAAGAUUUUUAUAAGCAGAUUAUGUUAUUGUUGCUAAUGGCCAUUUUUCAGUACCUAAUUAUCCAGAUAUCCCAAACAAAAACGUAUUCAAAGCUUAGACAAUGCAUACUCAUAAUUAUAGAGUAAAUAAAACAAAUAUCUUUUAAAAAAAACACUUAGUCAUUUAUGGUUGUGGCAUUUCAUCUUAAGAUAUUGUUUAUAUUUUGCUAAAAAAAACUACAGAAGAAGAAAGGCCUUAAAAAAUCACUAUGAUUGGAAAUGAAAUGAUGAUAAAUUUCUUUAAAUAAACUAAAAGUUAUAGAAAAGAAGUCGAAAGCGGUGUUCUAACAUUUUUAAGUCCCUACAUAAAAUAAUUUGAGUCUGAAAACUCUUUAGUCUUAGAAAAUGGCGACAAAGUAGAAAAUAUAGAUAUAUUUAUGUAUGCGACAGGAUAUUAAUAUGCUUUCCCUUUCUUAAAUUUUUAAAGAGAUAAAUUAAUUGAUUUGUAUUAGAAGAGAGGUGCUAAUUACAGUUUAGGGCCUUUGUAUUUAAGAACAUUCAGCGUCAGAGAACCAAAUCUAAUUUUUGUUGGGAUACUCUAAUAAGUCUUAUCAACAUAAUAAGGAACUGAAAGAUAAGCAAUUUUAGUUUCUAAAGUAAUUUUAGAUGAAAUUAAAUUACCUACAUAAGAAGCUAUGUAAGAAGAUUUUAAUAAUAAUUACUAAGAAGCUUUGAGUCUUUACAACGAUGGAAAUAAAUAUAUUAAAUUCUCUUAACACAAAGGUAUCGAUGAAUUCACAUUUUUUAGAUAAAUUGCAAACCUUUGUGACAUUCCAAGUGAUGAAGAGUAUAAUGGAUAUUUACUUAAAAAUUUGCUUCCUCUCUACAUAAAUGCAUUUUUAGGAAAUUAUCCUGACUUGAAAUAAAGUAAUGUCAGUUCUCAAUUACCUCCUGGCUAUUUUCCAAAAUCUGGCUAAUUUUGA